AUGAGGAGCGUCGCGCGGAGUGUCUCGCGAGCGGCGCCGGUGGCCAGCAGUCGCUCAGGCGCCCAGCGUGCACUGAGUGAGGUGCAGGGCCACACUGCAUCCCGCGUGGCACCUGAGCGCGACAUCUCCCUCUCGCACAUGCGCAGCCCCCCCCUAGACAAGCCAGACCCUAGCGUGCGCGCCAUGUCGUCGAGCUCGCGCGUGCUGUGGUCCGCCCGUACCGACGCGCUCAGCGACACUCACACACACGAUCGCAUUGCGCUCUGGCGCGAACAGAGCGCGCGCGAAGUGCACUCACAUGAGUCGCGACGGCCAAUCCUCUCGACCAAGGACGUGGCGCAGCGCGCUACCGAUCCAGAGACCGAGUCGCCACUGCGUACUGUGCUGCGGUACCUGGCACACGAAGAGCUCAGUGGCUCCGUGUACCUGCUAGGCUGGCUCAUGGCCGUACUGCUGCGCUGCGCCGUGGCACUCGGCAGCUGGAGUGGACGGCGCGCGCCGCCCAUGUUCGGCGACUUUGAGGCACAGCGCCAUUGGAUGGAGCUCGCGUUGCACCUGCCCGUGCGCCGCUGGUACCGCUACGAUCUACUGUAUUGGGGCCUCGACUACCCGCCCUUGACCGCAUGGGUCAGUUAUGCGUGUGGGCGCCUCGCGACGUUAUUUCCCGCACUGCGACCGGCGCUGGCACUGCGCUCGUCGCGUGGUUCCGAGACACCUGAGAUUGUGUUGUUUAUGCGCCUGAGCGUGCUCGUGCUCGACGUACUCGUAUACAUGCCCGCUGUCGCCUUGUUCGUGCUGCGGCGCCUGGACGCUCGCAGCACGCGAGUGCGGCACAUGGCACUGUGGACCGUGUGGUGCCAACCCGCAUUGAUCCUCGUUGACCAUGGGCACUUUCAGUACAAUGCCGUGAUGCUAGGCUUGGCAGCGCUCAGCUUCGCGCUCCUCCUCACCAGGCAGCCCAACGUGUAUACGUCCGCCGGCGCCCCCGCCGAGCUCCAGCACCUGUUGCUCGACACACUCAGCCGGCAUGUGAGCCUGCAGUAUGUGGCGGCCGCCGUGUUCUUUUCCCUGAGCUUGUGCUUUAAGCAGAUGGCCCUGUACUAUGCGCCCGCCGUAUUUGCCAUCAUGCUCGGCCGCUGUGUGGGACUCGCCCGCACUGACCUCCUGCGUGGCGCGGCGCUGUUCAUCGGCUUGGCAAGCGCUACUACGGCUGUAUUUGCGAUCCUCUGGCUCCCGUGGCUCGGGCAAGUCACAGAGCUCGGACAGGUCUUGCACCGCAUCUUCCCCCUGGCGCGCGGCCUCUUUGAAGACAAAGUUGCGAACGUAUGGUGCGCGCUAAGCGUGUUGCCCGUCGGCGCACGUUGGAAACUGCCGAACCUCUUGGGUAUCCCAGCCCUUGCCAAGCUGAGUCUUUUGGCCGUGCUGCUGGCGAUCCUCCCGUGCUGCAUCUUGCUCUUUGUCGCCUCUGUCGAGUCAGUGCGGCGCGAGUCGAUUACCGACGACGCACAUGUGGACCAGGUUGUGGCGGAUCUGCGGCGCCGCGCGGGUUCUGUGGUCUCAGGUACGACACGGCGCACAACCGGCGGCGCUCCGUCCCUGCACGAGUCGAGUCGUGGCUCGGACCGCCGCUCUGUGCGCAGUGGCUCGGCUCUGGCCGGCAGCACAUCAGCGCGCCUACAGGAAAGCGGGCAGCGAACGCGCCGCCCUUCCGCCACGAUCCCGCCGGCCGCCGAGCUCCUGCUGUAUACCCUGGCGUCGACGUCCCUGGCCUUUUACCUGUGGGGCUUCCAGACGCACGAGAAGAGCGUGCUGCUCCCUUUGUUGCCACUCACGCUUCUUCUCACUGUACAGGGCGACCGCACGGGCGCAGGCGCCGCCGCUGCCGACUGGGAGUGGGGCGUUUUUGCGAACAACGUGGGCGUCUUUAGCCUGUGGCCGCUCCUGCAGCGCGAUGGGCAGUUGCUGGCAUGGGGCGUCCUGCUGGUGCUGUGGAACUACCUCAUCGGGUACCGUCCCUGGGAGGUGCUGCGCGCGGUGCGCGCGCCACCUGGGGCGGCCGUGCGCGCCGUCGCGCAGGCUGCGAUGCUGGGCCUCGUGGCCUUGUGGGCGACGGUGCCGCUCGCGCCGGCCCUGUGGGCGCCAGCGCUCCGCCGAUACCCGGAUCUGUUCCCCGUGCUUACAGUGCUGCUGUGUAUGCCUGCGCUCGUCCUUGUUUGGCUCUGGACACUGAGCAAGCAUUGGCAGAUUGCUCUCGCCUCGGGCCUACUGUCCGCGCGCCAUAAGCACAAGUAG